CGUAUGUUGGGAAAUUAUAUCCGAUAUUGUUAAACUUUAAUAUUUUGAAUUACACAAAUUACAUUUAGAUAUUCGUUAUUUAAAUUUAUUAUUCAGAUACAACAGUGAUAUUUAGAAUUUAUAUCGAAGCACAUGGUUCUUAUUUCAGUUCUUUCAUAUAGCGGAUUUCAAAAUAAAACAAAAAUUAAUGGCGCAAACUAAGGAAGGAGUUAUAGUUAUAUUAGAUGUUUCUAAAAAGACUAGAGAAAAAGAAGAAAAAGCUGAAAACACGUUUUUUGAAAAACAGAAAGAAUGUUGCAUUAAAUUUCUUCAACAGAAGAUAUUUGUUGGUAAGAAGGAUGAAGUUGCUUUUGUUCUGUUGGGAGCUGAAAACACUGAUAAUGAAUUAAAUAUAAACCUUGGUGGUUAUGACAACAUUGUUGAAGCGUUUUCAAUGCAAAUACCUAGUUGGACAAUGCUAACUUCAAUCGUAAAUUCAAUUGAUCAAGAGAAGGGAUCAGAAACUGCAGAUUGGAUGGAUAGUCUCGUUGUAGCUUUAGACAUUUUAAAAAGAGAAGAGUCAAAACGUUUCAAAUAUUUAAAAAUAAUAUUAUUUCAUCAAUUCUUGUAUCCUAUAGAUGAGAGCAAUUCAGAAGCAGUUAUAGAACGUUUAAAGGAAACCAACGUCGACCUUGUGAUUAUAAGUAAUUAUGUGAAAUAUAAAGACGAUCCUACUACAAAUAUUGUAAAACCAUUUUUCUCAAGUUUGAUGGAAAAAACUGAAGAUCAGAUUAUGUCUGAAAAAUUAGCAAGAAGUGUACUAGACCAAACUGAUGGGGUAUUGUGUAAUUUCGAUAUUGCCCUUUCUCGUAUGUCAUACGGUUUAAAACCCAAGGGCAGACCAUGGUUUUGGUACUCAACGCUUGAUAUUGGAACUAAAAUAAAAAUUCACAUUGGAGUAACAAUAAGUAUUAAAUCAGAAACCCUUUUACAAUUUAAAACGCAAAGUGCAAAACCCCAUUCGAUUUCUUGGCUUGCAACAGAAUAUUUUCAAAAUGGUGAAAAAAUGAAAAUGGAAACCGAAUCAAAUAUAUCCAGCGAUUCUUCUUCUUUUUCAAAUGAACAAGCAAAAAAACAAUUUGCGUUUGAGGAGCUAAUUGACGGCUAUAUGUUAGGAUCAACAGCAGUACCCUAUGAGAAAAGUUUACCUACAACAAAACAGGGUAUGCAAUGCAUUGGUUUUACUCAGAAAUCUAAUGUUUUACCUCAAUAUAUUUUCGGUAGUGCAACGUAUUUGGUAUUUGCAAAACAAACAAUGGAAACAUCAGUGAAAAUGAUGGAUGCUUUAGUUAAAGCUCUUAAUAAAAAUAAUAUGGUAAUGAUAGGUCGCAGAGUGUACAGAGAUGGUUUACGCCCAAAAUUUGUAGCUUUGUUUCCAAACACAGAACAAAAAUAUCCGUGUUUAACUUUGUUCGAAUUAUAUUGCUCUGAACAACAUGUGAACUGGCAAUUUGCACCUUUAAAAUCUAAAAGAACAGAACCUACUGAAGAGCAAUAUAAAGCUAUCGAUGAUUUAAUGGAUGCGAUGGAUCUUGAUGACGACUUAAGCUCGAAUGGUGAAGUUCGUGAUUGUUAUGAAAAGAGUUUAUUGCCAUUGAAUAAUUUACCAAAUGUAGCAAAUGAAUACAUUUGUCAAGUAGCAACUGAACGUAUUAUUGAAGAAACUAAGGAAAUAACGUUGUCAUUGCGAGGAAGAGAUAAUAUUUUGAAUGUACCUGAAAAAGUUUACAAAAAAACAGAAGAACCUCUAGAAAGAAUAAAAGAACUUUUCCCAUUAGAAGAGAUUAAAAAAGAAAUUAAGAAGGAAUUAAUUAGGCAUGUUGGUAAUAUUGAUAGCCAUGAGGUUAAUAAUGACAUUGAAAUCGAAAGAAAACCAUUAGAAUAUAAAAAACUAAUAUCUAUUGGAACUGUAACGCCAGCUGAAGAUUUUAAAAAACUAAUAAAGAGUGAAGUUGAAGAUUUGGGUCCAGAAAAACUAGAUCAAAAAACUCCAAUAUUUGAUAAACUUACAAGACAAAUUCAGGAAGUGUUAAAAGAUUUGAUUUUUAAAACUAUAUCUUUACAAUAUGAAAAAAUUACAAAUACUUUAAAGAUGUACCGGGAUGAAGCUGCACAAUAUAAUCCAUAUGACUUUAACGAUUUUAUUAGAGAAAUAAAAGCUAUAGCUAUUAAUCGUAAAAUGCACGAAUUUUGGAAUGAUGUGGUAGUUAAAAAUCAACUGGGCCUGUUGUCAUCAAAAGAUUGUAAUUUCUUUAAUGAAUUAGACGAUGUUAAAGAUAUAAAUGAAUUUUACAAAAUCAAUGUUGAAAAACAAAUAGACACUACUGAAAAUGAAGGAAAUAUUGACGAUUUAUUUAAUGACAUGUAAGAAUUUUAAUUUGAAUUUAAUACUGAAACGCAUAUGUACAUAUGUAAAUGAAAAGAUUAAAAACUUUUUUAUAUUAUAUAGUUAAUAUUAUAUUAUGAAAUGAAUAUUUGUUAAAAUAUAAUUGGAAACAAAUUGCUA